UUAUGAAAACUUGGAAACAAAUAGUUGACACUUUUAUGCCUCUUUUGGAGAAGAUGAAGAUGAGCUAUUUGUUGUACAAAAGGACACAAGACACUGAAUCGUCCGUUCCACAUCGAUGAAGAAAUUGUGAAUGACAGUUCUACACUACUCCGUUGCUCAGUAUCCGUUGAUAUCAUUCUGGUCAAGUUGUCAACAAAAGUGUUAUCCAUCUUCUGAUUGGAAUCAACCAGCUGUAUUUACUUUUGUCUCGAAAACAGAUCAAAGAGUGACGGAGAAUCAAUUUCUUCCAGUGUCUCAUAACAAGAAAAGUUCUGUAGAGAAGGAACCUUCACCUUCUUUAUCUUUUCGAGUGGGUCUCAUUUCUGGUGCUUUUGCUGGAGCUAUCGUCGAUUUUGUUCUAUUUCCUUUGGAUACUUUGAAAACUCGUUUACAAGUUCGUCAAGGAGUUGCCUGGUCAACUUUGUUAUUUCGUGGUAUUUAUCGUGGACUUGGACCUGCAGUGGCUGCUUCUGCACCUGCUGGAGCUGCUUUUUUUGGUACUUAUGACUUUACGAAACAUAUAACUAGCCAAUGGUUAUCAGAACCUUAUCAAGUAUUGGGUCAUAUGUUGUCAGCUAUUGCAGGAGAUGUGGCAGGAAGUACUGUUCGAGUACCUUUUGAAGUAGUCAAACAAAAUCUCCAAGCUGGUAUAUUUUCCUCUUCUCGUCAAGCUGUUUCUCAUAUUAUCCAACGAGAAGGAAUAGUUGGUUUAUAUCGUGGUUGGCUUUCAUUGAUAUUGAGAGAAAUUCCAUUCGAUAUUAUAGAAUUCCCACUUUAUGAAUAUUUAAAGAAACAAUGGAGAAGAAGAAGGAAUGGAGCAGCUUUAGAAACUUGGCAAAGUGCUACUUGCGGUAGUAUUGCUGGUGCAGUUGCUGCAGCGUUCACAACUCCUUUGGAUGUAGCCAAAACGAGACUCAUGUUACAAAAUAGUCCUUAUCGAGGAAUUGCUUCCACAAUAUUACGUAUUGCUAAAGAAGAAGGAAUUCCUUGUUUAUUUUCUGGUAUCGUACCUCGAGUAUUAUGGAUUGGUUUAGGUGGUGCUAUUUUCUUUGGUAGUUUUGAGACUUGUAAACAAUGGCUUCUCAUUUCAUCGAAUGAUGUGGAUAUUCCAUCAUCGUUGACUUGAUGAAUGUGCAGACAAGGAUCACUCCUUUGACCAAAUAUAAACUAGUGUUUCUAGGUGACCAAGCAGUAGGAAAAACGAGUAUU